AUGUCAAAUAAGCUAUCGAGUUCGCUGGCUGAAGCCAAGCUAGUCCCUGGCCCGGCUGCCAGUCUUAUUCCCGAGGACUUCAAGCCCAGCACCAAUCUGCGCGUGUCGUUUGAUGGAAAGGACGUUGAGAUGGGAAACUUGUUUCGCGCAAGUGAGUGCAAGCGCUCACCUAGUGUCUUGUUUGACCAAGAGGCUGAUGCUCCGGGUGAUGCUACGUACAUGCUUCUCCUCGUUGACCCUGAUGCGCCGACACCCGAUGAACCUAAGUUUGCGUUCUGGCGACACUGGGUUCUUCCUGGAUUGAGACCGUUGGGAAGCGCGGAUGCUGUUGCCCAGAUCCAGCCAGCGCUCACACAGUACUUGGGACCUGGACCCAAGGAUGAACAACCCGCAGAUCUAGACCUGGCGAAGGAGGAUGUUGGAGGCGAGGAGUUUGAGCAACGACGAUCUUUCGAUACUGCCAAGUUCGUUGAGAAGUAUGGCCUACGACUGGUCGGCGCCAACUGGUUCCUCGGCGCUGGAGAUGGCUGGAAGGAGUAG